AUGUUUGGCAACUCGGGCAGUACACUUAGAGAUAUCAUACUCCUUGGACACAGAAGCAUUUCUGAACGCUUUUACCCGGAUGGUAUCAAGAAGGGGGACCCCGAGUUAUGUGAUAUCCGACAACGGGACAAAUUUCGUGGCCGCGGAGAAAGACCUAAGGCAAUUGGUGCAAGCUCUAGAUACGGAGAAAAUUAUCACGACAACCUCAAGAAAUCAAAUCAUCGAGUGGAAGUUCAACCCUCCAGCGGCCCCCCAUUUUGGGGGGGGGUAUUCGAAGCGAUGAUUAAAAGCGCGAAGAAGGCAUUAAGAGCAAUUGUCGGUGAAGCGGAUAUCACAGAUGAAGAAUUGCAUACGGCAAUGUGUGCUGUCGAGGGACUACUCACUUCACGGCCGAUUACAUACGUGAGUUCCGACCCAAAUGAUUUGACUCCACUAACCCCAAAUCAUUUCAUCGUUGGUCAACUGGGAGGACAAUUCGCAGCAGAAGCGGUUGAUGAAGAGGAAUACGUGAAACCAACAAAGCGAUGGCGUCGAGUGCAGCAAUUGAUCGGUCAAUUUUGGAAAAGAUGGAUUAGAGAAUUUCUCCCAAGCCUGAACAUUCGAAACAAGUGGUAUCAUCACAAAAGAAAUUUAAAAGAAGGAGACGUGGUAUUAGUGGUUGAAGCAAAUGCUAAAAGAGGAGAUUAG